CUGAAAUUUACUGGAAUGGAUUUAAUUCUCAAAUUCGGUUCAAUUCUUUAUAUUUGCACGUUGUUCGCAGACAGCAAAGUGGUCGCAUCCGGAAUUGGAAAACCUGUAAUCUUACCAUCAACGUUCGAGACAAUAAUUGAAUCAAACGAAAACCAUACAGUGUUCUGUCAGGGAAAUAGACCCUUAAAAUGGACGACACCUCCAAUACAGAAAGGUAAAGAGUCUUGGACCAAAUUUAUUUGGGAAUCUGAGAAACUGAUGAACAGCAGCUACCAAUACGGCAGCAAACUUCAAAUUAUAAACAUGACUUAUCUUUUUGUUGGCUUCUAUUAUUGUCAGUAUAAUGAUUCAGAUACAGACAACGAAAGUAUAUAUUUGUAUGUUAAUGACCCCGAUCAUUUAACUAUUUUGGAAUUAAACACUGUCAAGGGUGUUUUCGUGGUACAAUCUCAAGAAGCUAUUAUACCUUGCAAACCUACUUCACCCGACAUACGUGUUUCAUUAUGUGAUAAUGCUCUUGGUGAUGAUAUAAAAAUGGACAUUCAAUCGUCAGAUGAAACUGUUUACCGUUAUGACCCCAAGUAUGGAUUCAUCACAAAUAACACAAAAACUCUGAACAGAAUAUUAUUUCUAUGCAAAUUCCAGAGAAGUGGUGAAAUACAAGAGGCACAUGUUCAAAUGGUUGUUGAAAGACCCAUCAGCCACUUGGCAAUACCUCAUAUACGAGAUUUAAGCGAAGGUCAUAGUGUAACUGGACAGACCUUAGUUCUGGAAUGUAUCAUAAAAAUGAUAAAUAAUGAUGUACAUUUUCAUUGGGGAACACCCAAAGAAGUAAACAAGAACAUAAUGCGUCCACAUUACGAAAAAAAGGGGGACUUUCUGGUGGACACUUUAACCAUACCUAAUGUUACAAAGUUAGACAGUGGAAGCUACUUUUGUAAUGUUACGGAUAACCAGCAGCAUAGUUCUCAGGGCAGUUUGGUUGUCAACAUUUUUGAUGUGGAUGAGCAUUUUCUUACUGUGGAAGAAGAGAAUAAGGCAUACUCAGUCCUAGCAUCUGCGGGAGAUCCAUCAGUUCAGUGGGACGUAACAGUUAAGGGUCACCCAAAACCCUAUGUAACAUGGUUGGACACUCAAAACAAAACAAUAUACAUGGGAAACGGAACCAAAUAUGAAGCAUACUAUAACUCUGCCAAAAAUAGAGCGUUUUUAAAAAUAAAAGACAUUACUAUCAAUGACUUCGGUAACUUUACUUUAUUGACCGUGAAUAAGAGGACCCAAGUAAAGAAAUUUUUCUUAAAUGUAACCGACAAGCCAAAAGUAGAGCUAGAGAUAAAGCCGUUUCUGCCAGUUAAUACGCAGAGUACCGUAAAGUGUUACGCUUCCGCUAAUCCAGAACCGGAGUUCCAUUGGUAUUUCAAACCAUGUCAGUCCACUACCUGCGAUUAUGUUCCAGUAAAUGGAAAAAAUUCUAAAAUCGGAGAAUUCAAAUUCGUGUCUGAAGUAACCAUCAACGCCAACGAGUCUGGAUAUCUCAAAUGCCACGCAAGGAAUUACCAAGGAAACUCAUCGAUUAUAAAAGGACUUCACGUCUCGGACAUCAGCAAUGGUUUCGCCGUAUUUAGUUUGGACAAGGAUGUGGAUGUAAAUGAACAAGACAACUCAGUAACCAUCAUAAAAGGCGACACAACUUCAGUAAUAUGUGGAGCGUCAGACCAGAAUUAUUCUGAUGUUACCUGGUUCUUUAAAAAUAAAGUAUUAACAAAUAAUGAUAGAUACCGACUUACAAAUAGUAGUACCCGAUAUUCCAACAAACUUGAACUACAAAUGCAACAGACAGAUGUUUCUGACAGUGGAUUGUAUAGCUGUCGAGUUCUCGAUAAGAAUGGAAAAUACUUAUACCGAAAUAUGACUUUCAAUGUGGCAAAUCCAGAACAACCACAAAUCAUUAACUCCACUUUGCAAGAUGAAAAAGAAAUGAACCUUCCCGACAGAUUAGUGUUGUAUUGUAAGGUAUUUGGUGUACCAAAACCUGUUGUGAAAUGGUAUAAGAACGGGGUCGCUUUUCACACAGAAACAAAAAGAAUCCAGAUUUCAGAUAAUAACGAGGAAAUUACAUUUUUGCAAACUAUAGUACAAGAUCAAGGUACCUACAAGUGCGAAGCGACAAACAGGAUGGGCAGCACGCAGAAACAAGGAACUGUAAAAUUCAAAAAUGUACUAAAAGCGGAUUAUAGCAUGCUUUUUACUAUCAUUAUACUGCUCAGUUUGGUAUCCAUUGGGACAUUUAUAUUUAUCGUCAUUAAAAUCAGAAAAGAAAAGCUACUGCAAAGGGAGCUUAAAUUACUGGGACUUGCGAAUUUUCAAAAAGGUGCCGUAGAAAAUAUAAAUCCUGAACUCGGAAUCGAUGAACAAGCUGAACUUUUACCGUAUGAUCAAAAAUGGGAGUUUCCAAUAGAACAUUUAAAACUAGGUAAACAACUAGGGUCAGGCGCCUUUGGCGUAGUCAUGAAAGGUGUAGCGAAAAGAAUCGUGGAAGGGGAGGAAGAAACUCCUGUAGCCGUCAAGAUGGUUAAGAAGAAUACAGAUCACAUUUACAUAAAGGCAUUGGUGUCUGAACUGAAGAUAAUGAUUCAUCUCGGAAAACAUUUAAAUGUCGUUAACCUGCUAGGAGCCUGUACAAAAAAUGUUGCUAAAAGGGAAUUACUAGUGAUUGUGGAAUUCUGUCGGUUUGGCAACCUACAGAACUAUCUCUUUAAACACAGGGACAAUUAUAUAGAUCAGGUAGACCCAAAAACAGGCAAAAUAGACUACGCGAGUGGCCAGGAACUCUUUGACCGAACCUACUCGGUAUCAAGUGACAGAAGUAACGGUCAAUCUCCUUUGCUCAAAUAUGCUGCACUGACAUUUUCCAACAUCACUAAUCGCACAGUUCUAUCUCCUUCCAAAAAUGGAUAUUAUAAAGCUAACUCUGAUCCAUGUUCUACAACGGACAUCACCACAUCAUCGCAAGGUGAGGAAGGAGUAGUUAUAAGCAAUAACAGCGUUCAACCAGAUUGGCGGUCCAAUUACAAAGGAGACUACAAAGGCAACGUUAAGCCGAUUUGCACGAAGGACCUGCUGGCUUGGGCUUUUCAGGUUGCCCGAGGCAUGCACUAUUUAGCUUCUAGAAAGGUCCUUCACGGAGACUUAGCAGCGAGAAAUAUACUUCUGGCUGACAACAACGUCGUCAAAAUAUGCGAUUUUGGACUGGCAAAGAGCAUGUACAAAAAUGACAAUUACAAGAAAAAAGGAAAUGGCCCCUUACCAAUAAAAUGGAUGGCAAUAGAAUCGAUAAGGGACCGAGUGUUUUCUACUCAGUCUGACGUGUGGUCGUUUGGUAUAGUCCUGUGGGAAUUUUUCUCACUAGCCAGAACUCCGUAUCCAGGCAUGGAGGCAGAUGAAAGAUUAUAUCAAAAACUAUUGGACGGAUAUAGGAUGGAAUCACCGCAUUACGCUCCAAAGGAAGUGUACAAGAUGAUGACUGACUGUUGGUCUUCUACACCCUUAGCCCGACCCUCAUUCGAAAAGUUAUCAGAGCGAUUAGGAAGUCUUUUAGAAGACACAAUAAAAAACCAUUACAUUGAUUUAAACGACUCAUACUUAGUGAUGAACACUCAACGCCUGGGUCAGACUGAUUAUUUAGCAAUGCUCAACUCCCCUACUUUUGAGGCACUGUCAUCGCCUCAUUACGUAAACGAGAUGGUGGGCCAAGAACUGUUUGGUGACUCUGGUUACCUCAGCAUGAGACCCAACACCAUAUUCAGUCCACGGGUGGAAGAAGGUCCCGUAUUCGACUUCAAGGUGAAGAACUUAAAUUCGGAAGAAGGUAACGCAAUGGAAAUGACGCCAAUGCUUCGUAGAGACAGCGAUUCCGGUUGCGAAACAACGCUGCAGAGUCCUAUGACGCCAAACAGUGUCUCGAAUCCCAGUUACCUUAUUAUUCCAAACGCGGGGAACGAAGACAAAGGCAGCAGUAACGCAGCGAGUAAAAUAGUGAAGUCGCAGGACAAUUACGUGAACGUACCCCAAAGUAAGGAGGAAAUGAUGAGUUAAAAAACAAUUUCAAAGGACAUUAUGUGAAUGAGAUUGGGGCAGUGUAAAAUCUGAAAUAAUUGUUUCCUCAUAAAAUGCUUACAUUUUAACAUAAAAUAAUUUGUACUAUAUAUAAUACGUGGAUGUAGUGCUCUGCAGCGUCUGACUAUACUAAUGUCUGUAGUUGAGACAUCAAAAAUUGCUGCAUCAUUCAUCUGUUGUCUCACUUUUGACAUUAUGUAGUUCUUUGUCGGAAAUUAGUAUAUCUCUCUAUCUCUAAGUCUAGGUAUUGCUGGUAUAAUUCAAUACUGUUUGUUCUAAAGUUAUAUAAUCUACUUCAAAGUUGACCCAGUGCCGGGGGUUGCUUUUUAUUUUUUAGGGGUGAAA